ACAUACUCUGUGAGGUGAUUUGAUCUUGAUGAAAUAUCAUUCGUUCACCUGUCCUUUGUGAUUUCGUUAAAUUUUGUUAUCCUCUCCUACAAUAUUGAUCGACCUGUUUAAAAAUUACUGUGUAUCUCCAGUAAAAUUCCAAGAUGCCUAACAUAAAACUGCAGUCUUCGGAUAGCGAAAUCUUUACUGUUGAUGUCGAGAUCGCAAAAUGCUCAGUAACAAUCAAAACUAUGUUGGAAGAUUUAGGGAUGGAAGAUGACGAAGAGGAGGUAGUACCAUUACCCAACGUGAAUUCCGCUAUAUUAAAGAAAGUAAUUCAAUGGGCAACUUACCAUAAAGACGAUCCACCACUACCAGAAGAUGAUGAGAAUAAAGAAAAGCGAACAGACGACAUUUCAUCUUGGGAUGCUGACUUUUUAAAAGUUGAUCAAGGCACUCUGUUUGAAUUAAUUUUAGCUGCCAACUACUUAGAUAUAAAAGGCUUACUCGACGUUACUUGCAAAACUGUAGCCAAUAUGAUUAAAGGUAAAACUCCAGAAGAAAUUCGCAAAACUUUCAAUAUCAAAAAUGACUUCACCGCAGCUGAGGAAGAUCAAGUUCGGAAGGAGAAUGAAUGGUGCGAGGAGAAGUAAUUUAACAGCCUUAGUAUUAUAAUUUCAUUCUUUAGAUUUAAUUGGUAUAUAAAAGUAUGUUGUAAUUACUGUAAGUUAAUCACUAUUUAAUUUUCAUUGCAACUAAGUAAAAAAUUUCAGGUCUACACAAAUACUAAAUUUAAGUAAAAUAGAAAAACUGUAUUAGCCACAAUGUAUUCUAACCUGCUUGAUAAAUUUGUUACUAGGAAGUUAUUCCAAAUUGUAAACCUAUAACAAUUGAUUUUAUUUGUACAGAAUAAAUUUCCUGAAAUAUG